UGAAGAAGAUAUCAAUCUUUGGCAUCUUGAGAGAUCUGGCGAGUGGCAUUACAAAAGGCAUGUAGCCCAAAUACCCAUUUUGAUCACCCAAUCUGCGCCUUCCACAAACCAAAUUUUUGGAAUUUGUAGCCAGGAAGGAGGCUGGACCCUUUUUAAAUUGGAUUCUUCUACUUCUACCCAUUACAAUGUUUCUUGCUUGUCCUAUUCGGAACUCGGCGCUUUCGAUUACAUUUGCGCGAAGAAUUACAUGCACUGGCAUGUCGAAACGAAGUUCAUCUUCCAUGCCAAUAACCUCAAACGAAUCCCCUCCAGGAAUUUCAGGUGUUCAAUCUUCCAAUGGCGUUUCUAAGUCUGAAACUCGUGUAUUCGUGAGGAGAACAGUGAAAAAGAAGGCAGAAGGUCAAUAUAGCGGGCUUGACCUAGAACUUAAAGACGACGUUAAACGUUGUUGUCCUCCUGAUAUUGAAGAUUUUGCAUUCAAAAGAACAAAGGAUUCCCCCGGAUCAAGGAAGUCUAAGCCUCCUCUAGAUACCCUUCUCCCCAGAAUUGAAGAUUCUAACCCAACUAGACAAAAAGGCGUUGCAGAAGGAGGUAAAACCCCUGUGGAUUGGGAAAAAGUCCUUGAAGGAAUUCGGGAAAUGAGAUCGUCUGAAGUAGCUCCAGUAGACACCAUGGGAUGUGGGCGAGCUGGUAGUACUCUUCCUCCAAAGGAAAGAAGAUUUGCUGUCUUGGCAUCUUCUCUUCUCUCAAGCCAAACCAAAGACCACGUAACUCAUGGAGCAGCAUUGCGUCUCCAAGAAAGUGGUCUUCUUACAGCUGAUGCCAUGGACAAAGCUGAUGAAUCAACCAUUAAAAGCUUGAUUUACCCUGUUGGAUUUUAUUCUACAAAGGCUAAAAAUUUGAAGAAGAUUGCCAAAAUAUGUCUUAUGAAGUAUGGUGGGGACAUACCUAGAUCAUUGGAGGAGCUACUUCUACUGCCUGGGAUAGGCCCUAAGAUUGCACAUUUGAUCAUGAUUAUGGCGUGGAACGAUGUUCGGGGGAUAUGUGUCGAUACUCAUGUUCAUCGCAUUUGCAAUCGGCUUGGAUGGGUGUCUGGGAAAGGCUCGAAACAGAAAACUUCCUCUCCUGAAGAAACUCGAGUGGCAUUAGAACUAUGGCUGCCAAAGGAAGAAUGGGUUCCAAUUAAUCCUCUUCUGGUUGGAUUUGGACAGACUAUUUGCACUCCCCUGAGACCCAAAUGUGGAAAUUGCAGUGUUAGCCACUUGUGUCCAUCGGCAUUCAAGGAGACUUCAAGCCCAUCUCCCAAAUUAAAGCGUUCAAGUUCCACCAAGUAGCUUUGAUCAUCUUUUUGUAUGAAUUCAAAGGCUUAGCAGCCGCACAUUUCCUUGUUGGGGGAUUUCAUUGGCCAUUUUUGUGUAGAACUAACCUUGUUAUUGAUAUAUCAAUGUUCUUGGAACAUAUAUUUUGACAAAA